AUGGCCAAGUCGCAAGAUGUUCCCGGCGAUUACGCCCGCCCACGUUGGUACCGAUGGUUAAAUCCCCUGCAAUGGGGAAGGAUCCCGCCCAUUCCGGAUGCUCGCACUGUCACAAAGGAGUAUGAGGCAGGAUUUUGGAGUCAACUGGUGUUCCAUUGGAUGGGAGAGCACAUGAGCACAGGAUACCACCGAUCGCUUGAAUACAACGAUAUCUGGCUUGUUCACCCCAAGCGUGCUACAGAGUCUUUGGCAUCCCGGCUGAUGGAAUCCUUGAGCCUUCGGGUGUCUCAAAAUGAGAGCAAUCCCCUUCACUGGGCGAUAUACGACACGUUUAGACGAGACAUCUGGUCAAGCGGACUCCUUCGGCUCGUCUCCGACCUCUUCCUCGUCUUUGCACCAUUCACCCUGCGAUAUCUGAUCAGCUUUGUUCAAUCGUCGUAUCCGGCAUUGGCUGGUGGAGGCAGCAGCUCUAACGUGGGCAUCGGUAUUGGCCUGCUUGUAGGUAUUAUGGUAAUGCAAGUCCUGCAGAGUCUCACCAACAGUCACUACCAAUACCGAGCGAUGCUCAUGGGCGCUCAAGCAAGAAGUGCUCUGGUCUCCCUCAUCUUUGCGAAGGCGCUGAAGCUGUCAAAUCGGGCCAAGGCAGGCUUUCAGGAUACAAACAGCAGUGAGAAGGAUGGGAUCGAGGGGUCCACGCGGGCUAGCAAGGUCAUCCACCUCGUCUGGACAAGCCCCAUUGCCAUCAUUCUCACCAUGGUUCUGCUGCUAAUUAACCUGACCUCCAGCGCACUACCUGGCAUAGCUGUGCUGGUCCUUGGUCUCGCCGGUGUGACCAGGGCAGUUCGGACUCUGAACAACCGCCGGGACAACAUCAAUUCCGUCUCAGAUGAGCGCAUGAAUCUAACGCAGGAAAUCCUACAAGGGAUCCGCUUUGUCAAGUACUUCGCCUGGGAACAGGCAUUUGACAAGCGCCUCAGGGAAAUAAGAGCCAGGGAGAUCCACUCGCUCCAGGUCCUUCUGGUUAUUCGAAGCGCGCUAGGAGCUGUCUCAAUGGCCAUCCCCAUCUUUUCAAACAUGCUUGCGUACAUCACCUAUUCGUUGACGGGACAUUCCCUAGACGCCGCAAUCAUUUUCUCCUCCUUGGCGCUCUUCAACUGCCUACGGAACCCGUUGAAUUGGCUGCCUAUUGCUAUCGGCCAGAGCGCCGACGCGUGGUCCUCUAUGCGGCGGAUUGAAAAGUUUCUGUUGGCGGAGGAGUUUCAAGACCAGGUUCUGCUCGAUGAGCAGAUGCAUGCGGCAAUCGAAAUGCGCGAUGCAAGUUUCACCUGGGAGAGGACGACAGAGAGCCAGAACGAGGUCCCCUUCAAACUUGAGCACGUCACUUUCCAGGCGGAACGAGAGGAGCUCAUUGCUGUAGUCGGGGCUGUUGGAAGUGGGAAGACCUCGCUCCUCUCUGCACUUGCUAGCGAAAUGCGCAACACGGCUGGGGUUGUUCGGCAAGGAGCAUCAAGGGCGUAUUGCCCGCAGCACGCGUGGAUACAGAAUGCGAGUGUACGCGACAACAUCCUCUUUGGCAAAGAGUUUGACCCGGACUGGUAUCACCGGGUGGUGGACGCGUGUGCUCUUUACCCCGACUUCCGCGAGCUACCCGCGGGAGAUUCGACGGAGAUUGGAGAACGGGGCAUCAACCUAUCUGGGGGUCAAAAGCAGCGGAUCAAUCUGGCCAGAGCCAUCUACUCGCGAUCUGAUAUCGUACUGCUCGAUGACCCCAUGUCGGCAGUCGAUGCGCAUGUGGGAGAGCACAUUUUUCAGCAUGCCUUAUGCGGGCUUCUACAGGGCCGGUGUAGGAUACUCGCAACACAUCACCUGCACCUGCUCAGUCGCUGUGACCGAAUCGUUUGGCUACACGAAGGACGAAUUCUUGCCCAAGGUACCUAUGAGUAUCUGGUCCGGAAGAAUGCACAUUUCGGGGCCUUUAUUGAGCGGUACUCGAGAGACCAGAGCAACGAUCAUCAAAGGGGGAUUGGUGAACAGGACCAGAACGAAGGUGCGUUUCAGAAUGCGCAACUUUCUAGUUCCCAGACGUACGAAGGAGGAGCCUUGAUGACGACCGAAACGAAGGCUGUCAAAAGCGUUCCUUGGGGAGUAUACGUCGCGUACGUCCGCGCCUCAGGAAGUCUUUUCAACGCCGCUUGGCUUAUCGUGCUCCUGCUCGCCUUUCGGGCAGCGAAUAUCAUGACCAGCCUGUGGCUCAGCUAUUGGUCGGAGGACGCAUACCAUCUCAAUCGGGGACAAUACGUCGGGGUCUAUGCAUGUCUCGGGUUGCUUCAAGGACUCUUGCUUUUCACCUUCUCCGUUCUCACUAGCAUAUUCGGAACGACGGCUAGCAAGCACAUGUCCACGGUGGCCAUGUGGCGCAUACUCAGGUCCCCGUUGAGCUUCUUUGAUACAACACCUUUGGGACGGAUUACGCGGCGAUUCACUCACGAUAUCAAUCUCAUGGACAAUAACCUCACAGAUCCGCUGCGCAUGUACCUGGUGGUUUUGAGUAUGAUAAUCGGUGUCUUUGUGUUAACCAUUGCGUACUUCUACUAUUUCGCGGUCGCAAUUGCGCCCCUCGCAAUCAUGCUUCUGGCGUGGACGGCGUAUUAUCGUGCCAGCGCGCGUGAGUUGAAACGGCACGAGUCCCUAUUAGGAUCGACCAUGUAUGCACGCUUCACAGAGGCCUUGGUUGGUGUGCCCUCGAUCCGUGCCUACGGAUUGCAGCGACAGUUUGAGAAGACCCUGGUCAAUGCAAUCGACAACAUGAACAGCGCCCUGUUUCUGACCUUUGCCAAUGAGCGCUGGUUAUCGGUCAGGUUGGAUGGGAUUGGGAACACCUUGGUUCUCGUUACUGGGAUCUUGGUAAUCAUAGAACGAGAUCGGAUCGCGCCCAGCAUCUCGGGGCUGAUCCUGAGUUACAGUCUGAGUAUCGUUCAGCUCAUCCAAUUUACUGUGAGGCAGUUCGCGGAUGUGGAGGCCGCCAUGAAUGCAACCGAGAGAGUGCAGGAAUACUCGGACUUGCCCACUGAAGCACCCCUACGUCUGGGAAGAGUACCUGACUCUUGGCCUAUGGAAGGGUCAAUAUCCUUCGAAAAUGUUUCCAUGGUCUACAGACCUGGUCUGCCGCCAGCGUUGAAGAGCUUUACGUUGAGUGUCGCCGGAGGCGAAAAGAUUGGCAUUGUAGGCCGCACAGGGGCAGGAAAAAGUUCAAUUAUGGUGGCUCUCUUUCGCCUGGUUGAGCUGCAAGAGGGACGGAUUACGGUGGAUGGUGUGGAUAUCUCAACGCUUGGAUUGCACGAACUCCGGUCCAAAGUGACUAUUAUACCGCAAGAUCCGAUGCUGUUGAAAGGGACUGUCCGAACGAACCUAGAUCCGUUCGGAGAGCAUGCCGACUCUGCUCUGUGGGAUGCGCUGCGCACAAGUAAUCUGGCAGCAGUCCCUCCUCAUUCGCGGGCCAUGGCUGGCAACGAGCUUGGAGAUGUCGCUCGAUCCCAUAUCACCCUGGACUCUCCCGUUAGUGAAGAAGGAAGAAAUCUCUCCCUCGGCCAGAGGCAACUUCUCGCCCUGGCGAGAGCCUUGGUUAGAAGCAGCAGAAUCGUGGUGGUUGAUGAAGGAACUAGCUCCGUGGAUGUCGAGACAGAUGCCAAAGUUCAGAGUAUAAUCUCAAGCGGCCUAGGAGGCAGGACCAUUCUGAGCAUCGCACAUCGCCUACGGACGGUACUGAUGUACGACCGCAUCUGCGUGAUGGAGAAGGGGACAAUAGUGGAGCUUGGCGCUCCCAGGGUUUUGUGGGACCAACGCGGAAUAUUCUGGGGGAUGUGUGAGCAAAGUGGGAUCAAGGAUAUUGAUUUUAGCAGUCACUAA